AUGGGCGCUGCCGUAAAGGAUAGGCCGUGGUAUAAGUGGAAUAAAUCCGAAGGGAUGGCCCAUCCCCCGUCUAUCAAGGCGGUAUCCCUAAAUUCUUUACAACGCCAUCCCUUUGGAACCCCAUCCCGCUCGUUUUCUCUUUCUUUAUCGUCUCGGUAUCGGUUUACGGUCUGCAUUCCGCCAUUUCUAGAGCGUAUUGAAAACGCAGAGGUCCGUUUUGCCAACACGCAGGCCAUAAAAUCCCCUCGGGGAUAUCAAAAUUGCGUGAAUCGGCGAAGUUCGAAAUUGCACUUUUCCCCCUGA